AAUUAUGCACUGGGCAAAUGAGUAGAAUUUACGAUAACUGGGAGAGGCUUGUUGGAGCCACGUUAGAUCGAGAGGAGCUUCGGGAACUUGCUCGUGCCCCCAGCCUCAGCUCUAUUUCUUCGGAUUUCAGUUCCAGGUUCAGUUCCUCCGUUCACGAUCGUAUUCCAGUAAACCUGAAGCUCCCUCCAGCCCAAGUACUCUGUUUUAUGAUGGAGACAGUAGUGGUGAGAACCUUCGUAAGCCAAGAUCUGAAGAUGGGGAGCCUAAUGUUAAGCGAUUCCAUUCAAAGAAUUGAAGAAUGCUACCAGAAACUUUAGACAUGACAGCAUUUUAGGGGAAGGGGGAUUUGGUCCUGUUUUUAAGGGAUGAAUCAACGAGCACACGCUUACUGCUGCAAAGCCGGGAUCUGGAAUGACCGUUGCUAUCAAGAAGUGGAAUCCCAAUAGUUGGCAACUCUGAUGCUCGGACUCUUCGAAAUAGUUGGAGUACCCGUGUCGAACACGACACGACAUGGGUAUGGAUAUGAGAUAUGUGUCGGAUCCUCCAAAUUUUAAUCGGACACUUCGUUUUUGGUCUUCUUCUUUCUUUUCUUUUUUUUUUCCUUUCCUUUUCUUCUUUCCCAUUUCUAAUUAGUUCUCCACUAAGUCCAAAUUAUAAUCAAGUCCCUUAUUUGCUAUUUUAUAUAACAUUUAAUAAUGUCUAUAAUUGAAAACUAAACCCCAUAAUCUAUUUUAUUCGUCUCAACUCCUUACUCAAUAUCCAUUUCCUUCUUUGUGAAUAAUAGAUUUUGAUUUAUUCAAAAUGACUUCUUGAUUUAGUAAAAAAAAAUUGAACCUUGAAAGACGUAUCCACGUACCUGUGUCAAAUUGGACUCUUUUUAACCAUGUCCCCGUUCUUAUAUUUUAGAAAAUAGAAGAUCCGACACCUAGAUAUGUACCCAUAUCGGAUACCUGUACCCGAGUCCGAGCAUCAUAGGUUGGCAAGGGUACACGGAAUGGUUGGUAGGUUCUUUUUAUGCAGUCUUUGUGAGUCUUAUGACAUAGUUAUACAAAACUUACGGUAAGCCCACAAUAUUUUGCGGACGGAGGUGAAUUAUCUGCGCCGGUUUCAUCAUCCAAACGUGAUUAAACUUAUUGCUUACUGCACCGAUGGUGACAACCUGCUUUUGGUAUAUGAGUUCAUGCCAAAAGGAAGCCUUGACAAUCACUUGUUCAGAAGAUUUUAAUGCCAAGUUGUCCGAUUUUGAUCUUGCUAAAGAGAUGCUACCUGAUCAUAUGACUCAUAUAUCCACUUGAGUUAUGGGUACAUAUGGCUACGCUGCACCUGAAUACAUAGCCACAGGUCAUUUGACGUAUAAGUGUGAUGUAUAUGGCUUUGGAGUUGUUUUGUUAGAAUUACUAUCUGGAUGUCGGGCUAUUGAUAGAUCUAUUAGUAAAAAUCAAGUCCUGGUGGAUUGGGCAAGACCAUAUUUGUCUAAGAAAAAAGUGCAUCGAGUUGUGGACAGCAAAUUGAAGGGCCAGUACCCUCAGGAAGGAGCAGUAAUUGUUUCAAAUCUUGCUUUGCAGUGCACAAGUCAGAAUCCCAAAAGCAGGCCGCUUAUGGAAGAGUUUUUAGCAGCAUUGGAACCACUACAAGGUUCAUAUGAAAACAGAAAAUUUAGAUUCUUCUAAAUUUGCUCUGUCUGCUAAAUCUGAAUAUGAUACCUUUGGAGUCUCUACAAUCAUUGGAUUAAACUUGUUUAUGGUAAAAGAUCAGUAAGUCAGAUUUAAUUAUUGGCAAAAUCUUUUCCUUAUCAUUUUUGUCCGCUUAUGUUUCAAAUUUUUGUUGUAUGUAUGUUACUUCUAGAUCUGAUCACAUAAUUCUGGGUAGUCUAUCCAUUCUGGAAAAAGGGCUUAAUCUCUCACUACAUCAGGACAUGCGUCAAUUUUUUAAUCCACCAUCAAUUCUGAGGUUAUGCAACUAAACACUAUUUCCCUUUUUCCUAUUUCAAAUUUUCUUGCAUUUUGGUCUUUGUAAUUAGAUUCAAUAUUGAAUGAUACGACUCCUUUUGUCUAACAUGGGAUGAGAGCAAGUUUGGAUCUUGACCUAGAUUUGCAACCACUUCCUUUUUCUGCUAAGCAGACGUCUGCCGCUCAUCUGGCCAAUUUGUUUUGGACGUCAUCUUGUUCUUUUGUAGCCUUUAGUUUUUCUUUUUGUUUCGUGUUGCCUUUGUUUUGGUGGAUCUGAUUUUUGGCUACGACGGUGGCAGUGACUGUGACUGUGACAAUCUUCUCAUUUGUUUAGGCUCCAAUUUGCUAA